AGCGCGCGCUGCACAGGGUAACACGUUUAGAAAUUUCGCGCUUUCCGCGUGCGCUCCUUUGACGUGUGAGGAGGAGAAGGCGGCCUACGUAAAGUCAAAUCCAACAGCUGAUCCUGGGUUAAGCGUAUACAGCCCUGAAUCCAGACUGACAACUGGGGCAUACAAAGACUUGCCAGGCAGCGGUUGAGAUGAAACCUGAUGGGGUUGCUACAACUCCGGCUGAGCCAGCAGAUGAUGUGGUGGAGUCUGUUCCUGAAGCAGCUGGAAAUGAGGAGCAGGUCCAACAAGACUUGAGUCCAUCAUCUCCACAGCCUGAGAAGCCGGACAAUGAAGGUGAGCAAGAAGGAGCGAACUCAACACUGCCUCCUCCUGAAAAAGAGGUUAAUGGGAAGUUUUCAAAACCUAAGGACAAGACUAAAGCCCCAGUAAAGACCAAGCCUGGAACUGCAGGUACUAAAGCAACAACCACAACAGGCACUGCAUCUCGUCCUGCCAUUGCUCAAAACCAAGUGGCCAAUGGUGUUCUGAAGAAGGCCUCAAAUGGUGCAAGCAAGAAACUGGUGAGUAUGUCCUCAGAGAUGAAGAAAAGUGCCCCUGUUGGAGGCUCACCUCAAGUCAAGAAAGUGCCUAUUGCUACAACUGUAGCUCCAAGGACACAGGUGAAGGCAGCUGAACGAAAAGCUGUUGGAUCUGUCGGCUCAACGGCCUCUACAAGUAGUGGGACAAGAAAAACGGCAGCAGCAGCAGCCUUGUCAACGUUGAGCAAAAAACCAGUAACAGGAGGCAGCAAUACGGCAGUCAAACCUAAGACCCCAGCAGCAUCAAGGCCUACUACUGCACCUGCUGCCAAAGCCAAUGUUUCAGCUGCCUCCAAAGCUGCACCUAUUCCCAAGACAACCAGGCCUACUGUAGCAGCUGCUUCUUGUCCUACCACUUCCUCAGUGCCAAUUAGACCAACAACCACUGCUAGUAAAUCUACAGCCUUAAGAAAAAAUGUCUCCGCUCCUUCGGCUGCUGACUCAUCACAGCCUUCUAAGGUCUCCACUACUGUAGCAGCUAAAAAAGAUAUUAAAACCACCAUCAGUGCGGCAGCCAGAAAACCGUUGGCCUCUACCACCACACGCUCUACAGCUACAAAGUCCUCCAAACCUGAACCCCCCAAACCUGGUACAGCUGCCAAACGAUCAUCUACAGACGCUAAAACAUCUCAACCAAAAACGGAUGAAACUAGACAAGUACCAACAAGGAAGGCCCCUUCAAGUUCCCGAAACAUUUCCUCACGCCCUGCUUCAGGCAGUAACCACAAGCAGGGAAUAAGUAGUAAACUAGUCUCUGUGAAGCAUCAAACAGCCAAACCAACACACUCUGUUUUGCCAUUAGUCAUCAAAGGAAAGCCUUCAGAACAGUCAUCAGAGCCUGUGGAACCCUCUGCAAUUUUGGAAGCAACUGCCUCUGUAACUACUGCAGCCAUAGCACCUGUAGAAUCUGUGAUAGAAGCACAAACUCCUUCAGUAGAGCUAGCACAGCCUGAUCAACAAACCAGUGCACUUGUGGAAAGUCAGGGAGAAGGGGUGCAAGUACCUGCCUCUGAGACUACAAAUGUAGACACUGUUUCCACUGAAGAGACAAUAGCUGUUGAGUCAUUAGCUAUGCAGUCAGUAGCUAAUGUCCCUGUACUUAUGUCUAAUCUGCCAACUGUUGUACCAGAAUCCGAAAAAGUUCAUGACACUGUUUCGGUUGUAAUACCAAUGGCACAAGAAAUGACUGAGCAAGAACUUGUAACUGCUUCACUAUGUGAGGUCUCAAUUACUGCCCAAGUGCCUCCUAAGGACUUGGAUGUUGUUGAGAAGCAGGAAGAGGAAGAGGAAAGGGAGGGCAGUCAGCAGGUGUCUGUGUCUGACAUGAGUGGUACACAGCCUACUGAAGAGUCCAGGCCUGGUUCAGCUGGUCUGGCUGGUUCAGUAUGGCAAGCAGGAGGCCUGCCCUCAGAAUUUGACUCUGAGGAUGUAAGCUGUAGCCAGCAAGGAGCCUCUGAGCUUAGUGCUCCUGGUGUUUUAGAGGGCACUGAAAGUAUGGAUGAUCUAGGUGAGGCUAGCCUGAAGGGUGCUGAUGAAGUUGCAUCAGCUGGAUCUCCAGACUUUGAGAAGUUUCCUGAUAUUCCGGUCAAUGAAGAUGAUGAUGACGAUGAUGAAGAUCGUGUUGAUUAUAUGGAAGUAGGAUCAGAAAUGACAGAAGACCCAUUCAGGCAGUGCAAUGACAAUGAGGAUGAAGAUGAUGAUGUGGAGAUGGCAAGUGAGGCUGUUACGGAGAGUGGCCUUGAAAGUUAUGGAAAUGCAGAUGAAGAUGACUUUGCAGAAGAUUACAGAUUGGACAACCUGAACCGUAUGCAACCUUCAUCCAUUGUUCCUACUGCCCUUUCUGCAGCAAAUCCUUUUGCUGAUGCCUGGUCACUACAGCCAGAACCCCUUGUCUCCAGUCCUUCCAACCCUUGGCAAGUGUACUCACAAUUGCCUAACCAACCUACUGCUCAAGCCUGUCUGGAUAUUGGAAGUGCCAAAACAGAUCCAUCUUCUCAGUCUCCAUCUGUUAUGGAUCCUGAUCUAAGCUCACCUCAGCCUUCUUCAGAGCCUGCUGCAGAGAUGGAUAUGGGCCUCAAACAAAGCUUGGCAUCCCAUUCCCAACACAUUUCUCAGUCUAGCACUCUGCUUGACCCAGAACUAGCCAUCCAUACUUGUAGUGAUUCAAGCACACCUGAGGAGUUGAAAGAUUACAGUAUAAGCCCUGGACUAGAGAAUCAAAAACCGCCUUUAACAGUGAGCCUGAUUCCUGCUUCUUUGCCAGACAUCAUGCAGGAUCUACGCAUUUGUAGAUCUGAUCAUGCAGGAUCUGAACAUGAAGAGGAUGAACCGGAGACUCUGCCUGCAGAUGACAUGUUGGUGCAGAAGUCAUCACAGUUGACAGACCAGCCAUCCUUACAUUCUUCUGCCACUGGAGAUGAGGCUAGUGACACUGAAGGGGACCUGCAGCUCAGUGACCCUACUGAACCUGGUUCUACUGGAAAUGAAUGCUUUGACAGCACACAAGUUGUCCAUAGCAUGUCAGCCUUGGUGGAGGAAUGUGAGGAGGCCUGCAUUGAGAUGGAGGGAGGUGGUGGGAGUGACACUCCUCAGUCUGCCACUUCAGCUGCCUCCUAUGGUUUUGAGUGCACAAUCUCUAACGCUAAUGCUCCGUUUACCACAGAGAGCUGCAUCAAAAGCCUGGGCAUUUUUUCGCUCGAAAAUGAAGAGCAGCUUCCAGAAGAGUCCAAAGACGCAUCACUUAUUAAGGAGCUGAACCUUGCAACUGCCAGUACAUACUCACAAUUACCAAAUCAACCUGCUAAUCAAUCUUGUCUGGAUAUUGGAAGUGCCAAAACAGAUUUAUCCUCUCCUCAGUCUCCAUCUGUUAUGGAUCCUGAUCCAAGCUCACCUCAGCCUUCUUCAGAGCCUGCUGCAGAGAUGGAUAUGGGCCUCAAACAAGGCUUGGCAUCCCAUUCCCAACACAUUUCUCAGUCUAGCACUCUGCUUGACCCAGAACUAGCCAUCCAUACUUUUAGUGAUUCAAGCACAUGUGAGGAGCUAAAAGACUACAGUAUAAGCCCUGGACUAGAGAAUCAAAAACCGCCAUUAACAGUCAGCCUGGUUCCUGCUUCUUUGCCAGACAUCAUGCAGGAUGUAGGCAUCUGUAGAUCUGAUCAUGCAGGAUCUGAACAUGAAGAGGAAGAAUUUGAGAUUCUUCCUGCAGAUGACAUGUUGGUGCAGAAGUCAUCACAGUUGACGGACCAGCCAUCCUUACAUUCUUCUGCCCCUGGAGAUGAGGCUAGUGACACCGAAGGGGACCUGCAGCUCAGUGACCCUACUGAACCUGGUUCUACUGGAAACGAUUGCUUUGACAGCACACAAGUUGUCCAUAGCAUGUCAGCCUUGGUGGAGGAAUGUGAGGAGGCCUGCGUUGAGAUGGAGGGAGGAGGUGGUGACACUCCUCAGUCUGCCACUUCAGCUGCCUCCUAUGGUUUUGAGUGCACCACCUCCAACUCUAAUGCUCUGUCUACUACAGAGAGCUGCAUCAAAAGCCCGGGCAUUUUUUCGCUCGAAAAUGAAGAGCAGCUUCCAGAAGAGUCCAAAGAUGCAUCACUUAUUAAGGAGCUGAACCUUGCACCUGCCAAUGCUUCUGCAGAUGUUGACCAGCAAGGGGAGAGUCAGCUAAACUCUGAGCAGCAGUACAUGCUUUGUGGGAAGGGCACUGAGGAGUUGCCAGAGCCUUGCUCACCAAGAGGCACGGUCUCCAAUGAGACGGGUUUGGAUAGCUCUUCCUACUCAGAGCACCAAGACUUGGAUUGUGACGCACCGCAUCCCUACUACUCCACAAUAUCCGAAAAGACUGAUAGCUUCUUAACAGGAAGUGACCUCUGUGUUCAACAGCAAGAAAAGGUGCCCACAGUCCACACAACAAGGCCACCCAAGCACCAUUCUGGGCUACGUGUGGAUCAUGUGACCCGUCUACCUACUGAUCUUCCUCCCCGGAUGCCAAAUCUGGGGUGCAACACUCAACUCCGUCGGCUAGAACAACAUCAGCAGCAGCUUGAGGAGAUUGAGCAGCGGCGGGAGCAACAGAGCCGUAGGGCUGGGAGACAAAUGGAGGAAAGGGAGGAGAAAAACCAAGUGGCAGGAGAGCUUGAACAAAAGAACCGGGAGAAGAAUGAGACUGAGUUGGAGGUUCAGAGGAGGGAUCUGCUCCACCUGCAAAUUCAACAGCAGCAGCAGGACCUGAAGCAGAGACAGCAGGUCAUGCAGUGGCAACAAGAGCUGGAACAACAGAAACAAAGUAAGCACCAAAACAGCCACCAGAAGAAUGCAACUGCAGUUCUGUCACCUUCUGGGCUUUGCACCAUCUAUGAGGCUUUAGAGAUCAGUGAUUCAGAGGAAGACUUCGAAGACAAAGUGGAAGAGAGGGAAAUAUUGCUAAAAGUAAAGGUAGAACAUGAAUGCUCCCCCAAAGAGAGAAGUAGCAUCCCAGAGGCAGGCUCCAGUUCAGAUAACCCAGAUUCUCCACAAAGCACACUUCCAUUUCCUAAUCUCCUUCAGGACCGUGAAGGGCAAACUCGCUCUGUGGCCUUAGACAGCCCUCCUCUUUCUGGAUCCAGCUCUUGCCAGCAGCCUUCUCCUCUGGAGCUUGACUGGAGCAAGAAAGCAGACAUUGUCCAGCAGCUGAUUAACCAGACAUUAUUACUAAAUGGGGACAACUGCUCCCCGUUAUUGCUCCUCCCUGGUGGAGCUGCUGGGACACUGAGCCCACUGGAGACUAGCCUUUGGCCCAGCCUGUCCACACUUACUCCACCGUCUGCCACAGUGACUUCUGUUAGCAGCUUCUCGGCUGAGAUUUCUGGUAGUUCUCCACAAGGUGAGUGGACAGUAGUGGAGCUAGAGACUCAUCAUUAAGCCUACUGUUGAGGGGAGGCAGACUAAAAAGGAUAACUGCAGCUGUAGGGUGUCGAGGGUAGAAAUGAGGAGAAUCUACAGGAUUCUGUUUUUACUUUGCAAGCAACAAUUUCUGAAAACUUUGCAGAACCAUACAUUUUGUCACACCCAAGGUUAUUAAUGUUAAAAACUGGUAGCGUCUGUCAAAGUUGCUGUAACUCCCUCCUCCACUGUCUCCACCUAAUACUACUGGAUAGCCAGGAAUUGGCUGCACUGAUUAAGUUUAUUAUGGCAACUUCUUUUUGUACACUUCCCCACCCCUGCCAGACAGCCAUGCCAUAUCACACCAGCUCUGAGUCAGCAAGCUACUUCCAUGAUCGGUUUAUUGCAAGCGUCUGCCUGUCUUUCCUGCACCAUCAUUUAUCUGGGUAAAGCACAGUAGAAGGCAAUUCUUGCAGACAAUGUUCUUGAUGACUUGCAUGCAAGUCAGAUGGCACUAUUAAGCAUGGAAGCUAAUCGACGCAACCUAGAAUUUACUAAAUGUUGGCAAUAAGCGCUAAAGCAUUAAUGUGAUUAGCCAAGAUUCAUUUUCUCUAAUGCUGUUAAUUAAAAUAUUUAACUGAUGCAGUAUUUUAAGUAAAGGAAUGGUCUUGAGGUUGAGGUCUCAACAUGCCAGUUAACUGGUCACAAUAUGUAGAAAUGAAAGGCAUCAGCAAUACAUAGGACAUGACAUAGGGCAAAAAUUUUUUUUUUUUUUUUUUUUUUAAAAAAGUAUAUUGAUGCUAAUGGGGAAAGUCAUUUACAGGAAACUGAGCUACUGAAUGAAAUCUUAACACUGAAACAAGGUGAGUACUCUGAGACUAGAUAAAUUGGUGGUAUUUGUACUGCAAUUCCGUACAAUGGAAAUUUCUUAUAAAAUUUUAACGAAGGCUCAGUAAAACUAGCUCACAUGAGGUGGUGUGGGGUUAAUGGUGCUACUAAUAUUUAUGAAGGAAAUUUAGGUUAUGGUUGAGCACAAUUUGAUACAAAAACCUGUUUGUACUUUUCAAACUAUCCCCCUUGAACUGUUCAGAUGCAGUGAUGCACCAAACUCUUAAUUGUAGGCAAUGCUAUCAAAGUCAUAUUUAAAAAAUUUUAAAAUUUUUUUUGCUUCAUUAAUGUAUGAGACCAGGACUAUCAUUUUAGAUUGUGAAUGGAUUUUGCCGUCUUGUAGAGUAAUAUACAUGUUGUGAAGUGUGCAUGUCAAAUUCUAUUGGUGGUGUUGUACUGUUUGAUCUUGUAUUGCCCCUUUCCUGUGAAAUGUCAUUUGUGUGUGUUUCUAGGAUUUGUGGUCACUGUUUAACUGUGCAUAGACGUGGCACAACCUCUUAUGUAAUUGGGAUACAUUUUGUCUGACUAGUCUAGUCAACUAUAAUUGUUCCCAAAGUUCAAAGGGAAAACUUCUUAAAUUUGGGUAGACUUAAAGGUGCAGAUGGAUUGUUGUAGCCGUUGAGACUGCAUGCUCGAUUAAAUGUAUGUAGAUGUCCAUCCAAUACCAUAUACUUGUUUUCAGGAAGUCUAGAUAUUUGUAGAAACUUCUUUUUUACAUUUUGUCUGUCUUGAGCUUUUUCUUUAUUUAUAUUAAAGAUUCCAUUAAUAGUUUAGUCACUGAACACCGAAUCAGGGAAUUGAGUCUCCAGGUAUAUUCAGACCAGUAGUACUGUUGCUGGUCAUCACUUUGUGAAAUAGAAAAAUUCAUGUCUUGAUGCCAGCUUUUAUCAGGAUUAGUGUAUUCCAGACACACUGGAGUUGAUGUUUAAUACUUCACUGUAAAUAACAAUCAGGGAUCAAGAAAGAACAAACGGAUCAGAAUUGUUU